AUGGCUGUAGGAAAGAAUAAGAAGAUGGGCAAAAAGGGAGCCAAGAAGAAGAUUAUUGAUCCCUUCACCCGUAAAGAAUGGUAUGACAUCAAAGCUCCAAGUAUGUUCACCACUCGUCAAGUUGGAAAAACUUUUAUCAACAAAACUCAAGGAACAAAAAUUGCUUCUGAAGGACUUAAAGGACGUGUCUUUGAAGUUUCUCUUGGAGAUUUGAAUAAAUCUGAAUCAGACUUCAGAAAAUUCAGACUUAUUUGUGAAGAUGUCCAAGGACGUAAUGUUCUUACAAACUUCCACGGAAUGAAUUUCACACGUGACAAACUUUGCUCUAUUGUUAAAAAAUGGCACACUCUUAUCCAAGCUAAUGUUGCUGUUAAGACAACUGACGGAUAUGUUCUCAGACUUUUUGCCAUCGGUUUUACCAAAAGAGCUCCAAGACAAAUAAAGAAAACUUCAUACGCUCAAUCUUCUCAAGUACGUGCUAUUCGUGCCAAAAUGGUUGAGAUUAUUCAAAAAGAAGUCGGUGGAUCUUCUCUUAAGGAAGUUGUUAACAAACUUAUUCCUGACUCAAUAGGUAAAGAUAUGGAGAAAGCUUGCUCAACCAUCUUCCCACUUCAAGAUGUUUAUAUUCGUAAGGUAAAGAUUCUUAAAAAACCUAAAUUUGAACAUGGAAAAUUCGCUGAAAUCCAUGGAGAUGGAGGUGCUUACACUACUGCUGAAGGAGUUGUUGUUGACAAGCCAGAUAACUAUGAACCACCAGUUCAAGAGUCUGUUUAA